CCCGAGCAGCUGUUUAUAUAGACGGAACUAACCCACCCUCCAUUUUCUUCCCCACGGUGGUCUGAACACCAAGUAUCCAUCCAGGCGGAGACAAUCAGAUACUACUACAUAGGGAAGGGAAACCAAAGCGCCGAGUCUCAAGAUGGAGGACCUCCCCACCGAGCUCAAUGUCAUCACCCUCAACUGCUGGGGCCUCUUACACCUGAGCGAGCACCGCGCCGAGCGUCUAACCGCCAUCGGCCGCGAGCUCGCCUCCGCGGAUCCCCCGCCUCACAUCGUCGCUUUGCAGGAAUGCUGGACGCAAGAAGACUACCGCAGCAUCCGGCGCGAGACGCGCUUCGUGCUGCCCUUCGGCAAGUUCUACUACAGCGGUGUUUUCGGCGGCGGUCUGGCUAUCCUGUCGAGAUGGCCUAUCGAGGAGAGCACCAUGUUUCGGUAUCCGCUGAACGGCAGGCCUACGGCCUUCUUCCGCGGUGACUGGUUUGUUGGUAAGGGCGUUGCGUGCGCUCGUAUCCGUUACGGCCCUAGCGAUCGCGAUGUCGUUGAAGUUUUCAAUACGCAUACUCAUGCUAUAUACGAGCACCCGCCCGAUAAGACGGACAGCUAUCUAGUCCAUCGACUCGCUCAGUCCUGGGAGAUGGCCAAGCUCGUCCGUGGUGCCGCCGAGCGCGGACACUUGGCCCUAGCAUUAGGCGACUUCAAUGACGUGCCGCUGUCAUUAUCGUACCGCAUGCUAACGGCGCAUGCCCCCAUCAAGGACGCCUGGCGGGUGCUAAACCCAAAUUCGUCUCUUGGCUCGGCUGUUCACGAGUUGGAGCGCGCGCGUCGACGACCGAUCCCUUCUGCCCAGUAUAACAUCGUCGAGAACGGUGUUACGAGUAACAGCGCUUAUAAUACGUGGAGGUGGUCCAAGUCUGAACAACGUGCCCUGCACUCGGGGAAAGGGCCGAUAGUCAUUCCGCCAGAUACGCCUGAUCCGCGCGGCAAGCGUAUUGACUAUAUAUUCUUCUCUCCACAGGUCUCAGUAACCCCUAGCUCCACAUCCGGAGCAACAGCUGCGGCAGCAGCGCGAACAAGCCAUGACACAAGCGAAGGCAGCCGUACCAAAGGUUGGGUUGUCAAGGACGUCCGCGUCGGCAUGCUAGCACGCCACCCCGACCUUGGGUGUUCUCUUAGCGACCACUUCUCCGUCGAAGCCACUCUCCUCCUCCACACAUCCACCUCUCCCAACCUCAUCCCCCCUCACUCCCCCUCUCGCCCUCCCUCUCCCAAGAAACCACCUCAGCAAACACAACUCCUCCGCCCAUCCUCAUCUUCCUCCGACCGAUCCAACAGCCACGACCACGCCGCAUCCCUCCUCGCCCUCGAACACGGCACUUAUCUCCAAUCCCCCACCGGCUCCGAGUACCGCGUCGGUUCCCGUCUCGAUCUCCGCGCCUCUUUCGACGACCAACUCCGCGCUUCCCCCGCCUCCCCAUCCUCCGCCGCCCGCCGCGGCGACGGCCUCCCAUGUACCACGUACGACGAAGUCCUCGCUCUCAUCCGGACAUACUCCUCCCGCGAGCGCGCCCAGCGCCGCUGGCGCAUGAUCCACUUCGCCAUAUGGACGUUCAUCGUAAUAGCCUGCUACGUCGCCGUAUGGUUCGUCGGGCACGUCCACCCCGGCGUAGCGUUCGCCUUCCUGGUCCUAAGCAGCGUCGGGUUUCUAGCCGGUGCCGUCGACGGACUUAUGGGGUUGCUCUUUUUCGGCGGCGAAAUACGCACGCUGGCCGAGUUCGAGUGGGAGAUUAUGAAUGCUAAAGCUACGGCUAGUGGGGCCCAUGGGCUCGCGCAGCAGCAGCUCGAUGAUGAGGAUGAUAAUAGAGGUACGAGUGCGGGGACUGGUGGGAAUGAGAAGGGUUGGUGAGGUAAGGGGGGGGGUUAGGGAGUUGAUUUUUUUUUUCAAAUUCUUUUGAUUGAUUGGUUAUUUUACGACUUCACCUUGGGGAUGAAAAUUAUGAGUUUGGAUUGGAUUAGAUGAGAUGCCUUAUAUACCUUAUACCUUGUACCUUACGUUGAUCAGAAGAUGAAGAUGAAGAUGAAGAUGAAGAUGAAUGAACAAUACCUAAUUUUAAUUUGUAUAUACAUAACUACCUACCUAAGUAGGUACCUAUACCUAAGUCAGGAAUCACAGUAGGAAAGAAAAGAGGAGGUAGUUAAAUGAAUGAAUGAAUGAAUGAAUGAAUGUCGUGUUA